AUGAGUUCUCAACGUUACAGCUUACUCGGUGUGCCUGGAGCCCUUGCUUGGGAGAUGGAGGAGUAUGAGUCCGAGUACCGACCGCAGGGGCUCACGACUGAGGUCUCCCCAGUCAGCCUGCUCUCUGAGCACGGCUUCGCCUCAGAAUACGAUCACCAACAGAACCUUGAAAGUACUCAACAUCAACACAAUGGCAACGUCAAAUCAUACCCCCAGAAUGAGAGCGUCAACGGCUACUCGCAGAGUUCUGGUGCGGGUGCGGUUGAUCACCCGUCCGAAAUCUAUUUGCAAAACCACGCAGCCAGUCUCACCUCAGAGUAUAUGGAUGGUGCGGAUUCUAAUAUCUCGCCAGAAGCGGGCCUCGGUUCAUUCGGUCAACCUCUUCGCUGCUUUUACUUCUGCACGAUAGUCGGCAUCUUUGGACUGGUAAUCGUAGUAUCUUAUUUCAUCACCAUCUGGCACGUCUACCUCGCCUCACUCCACCCCGACUCGACAGCAGCCUUUGGACCGCCGGGUGCCAAAUGGGUCUUCUACGGUUGGUUCGUCGCGGGGGUGAUCGGGAUGAGCUUAAGUCUCUACGGACUGGCUGGCGCAGAGGCUGGCAUGCUUACGGAACGAACCUGGAGAGUUGAAGAUGCCAUGCGUCUUAUGUUGCAUGCUGACAACACGUGGUCUGGCCCUGGGGGCUGGAUGAAAGCAAUCAAAUGGGUUGUGCAAAGACGCAGGGCGCGCAACCAGCGUAGCAAGAUCCCUUCUCGGCUGUGGUUCGUUCUAGCACUUCCAAGCGUGGUUGUCUUCGUCGCUUGGCCCUUAUCAGGUCUUUGUCUUGAGAUGACCAGUGGUUUCCUUCAUGGUAAGCCAGGGCAAGGAGCGGAUGUUACCGGAUUCGUUCAAUCGACGUUCAACGCCGACCCUGGGGGUCGUAGGCCGUCUAGAGGAUCCUACAUCGGCGCACGUGUUUUCGGACACGGUGCUGUUUAUACACCUGAGAACUUCAAUCGAUCGAAGAAGGAGUUUUUGAAGAAUAUCCCCGUGAUACUGCCGAACACUGAGAGCGUCGAAGAAGUAUUUUUGACCGCUCAAGGUGAAACUCCUAUCGAAGGAAAAGCUUGGGGUCUGUUGCUACAUUACGACUGCAACAUCGUAGACGAAUUGUCUGACUUCGUUCUCUUAAAAGACCGUCGAUUCUCAACAGACGUCUGGCGAAGCAACAAGAUAUUUCGUAAUUUCGAACAAACAGGAACGGCGCGAAGUGCGGAUGAGGAUCCUCCCAUCGACGAAUCUCCAACAUCAGCCUUCCCCUCCAGUUUCGACGAUGAUGACCGAUUCAAGUACAAGUCAUACCGCCUCCAUGACAACAAUACCCUCGUGGAGGUAAAGAGAGUGUCCGGAUGGAAUUUCGCUGGACGAUUCGAUCCCGGAUUACUGAGUUGGGCUAUAGAUAUCGGUGGAGUUAUAGAGACUGCGUAUCAAUCCCUGUCCCCACCAACAGGCUCAAACGACGAACCACCCUGCGGUUGGUCUAUUGAGAGGGAAGACCCACCAACGUCUUACUGCUACCAUGAUCUGCAAGAGGAUCCUUCAAAACCGUAUCCCGGAAUCGAAUACAAGACUACUUUUGAGGUUCUGUUGUGGCAGACACUUCCCGUGUCUUUAGUUUCUAUGGGCAGCACCAUCAUCCGUAAUAUCGAGUCGCUGACUGGUGAGUACGUCAAUGUUUAUGGUAAGAAACUCGAAGCUAUUGGUGCAUCCUGUACGUCAAGCAGCAGUGUAGGCUCAGCAGACAUCGACGGCGUGCGAUCUACCUACUCCAACUUCCAACGGAGCGACACUCCGGUACCUACUCUAAAGAAUGAUUGUGCGAAACGCUUUGGCGCAGAAACACUCGCGUGUACACUCAACAUCAAAGACGAUGGUUGGCUGAGAUGGCUGUUUGAAUCGAUAGGCCUACCGUCACCGUUUGACACAUCUAUAGUGAAUGCUGCAGAGAUUGCUGUUGGCAACUUGAGAGCUAUUGCUCAACUCGAAUAUCUGCAAGCCGACCAACUUCGACAGGUACUUCUACAAGCUUACUCCACCUACGCCAUCAAGCUCAUGUACAAUGACGGUCGAGACUUCAUCGGAAUCAACAGAACAAGCCUCAAGUCACACGUCCCCGACCUCACGGCUUUUGUCGCUGGCACCGUAAUUGGACCGGGCGUCAUGCCAGCCGCUGUUCCUGUGGCUUUAUUCGGAUUGUGGGCCUUGAUCAGCUCAGGACUCUGCCUUGUCUAUGGCUUCCGGCGACGAUGGAGCGCGAUUCUGGAUGGGCAUACAGUCUUCAGGCUUGGGGCCGAGUUGCAGCAGACGUACCGAGCGAAGCUUCAACGGUUUUCUACGAUUGCUGAUAUUGAAGAGUGCGAAGCUCUGCACGAGAUUCCGGGUUUUGUGGCAGAUAUGGAUCCUGAUGAUGAUGUAGGGAGGAUUGGACUUAUGGAUGGAAAGCCGGCUAGGAAGGACAAGUUCUAUCGGUAG